AUGCCACAAGACACAUGGUUGGACUCAAAGUUUGAACCGUACGGCUCAGAUAAUUCGGGUGUGGCUAUGUCUUUCGGCACUGAGUUCUUGAAGCACAGUCUCUACCAGCUUUCUCCUAUCGAGGAUAUUGAGCUUGGAUUGCGGCUAAAGAGACCCGGAUCAUUGUUUGUGAACGACUUAUCGAAGAGGAAUAACUUUUCGGAGGAAGGGUAUGGAUCUGUUCGUCGAGCUUACAUUGUGUGUAAAGAAGACAAAACAAUUCCAGAAGAACAUCAACAACGGAUGGUCGAUAACUAUCCAGCAAAUUUAGUGAUAGAGAUGGAAGAGACUGAUCAUAUGCCAAUGUUCAGCAGGCCUCAACUACUAAGUAACCAUCUCUUGGAAAUUGCAGAUAAAUUCGCUUAA